AACAAAGGAAAGGCAGCCAAUUUAUGAGUUAUAAAAAGGGCCUCACGGAGCAAACACUUUCGGCCGCCGGAAGAACCCAAAAUCGAAGAUUCUUCUUCCUAAGAAAAAGUAUAUUUUUUUAAAUAUCAGAGAAUUCCAAAACCUUCUAUUCCCAAUCUACCCCUCGAAGCGCACAACAAAUUUUAUUUUAUUUUUUCUAAUCUACCCCCUCUCUAUCGGUUUUAGCAAAACUCCGUUCCGUUUUGGAGGAAAAGCCGGUGGAUAUUGCUUUUUAUUUUUUCAGGGUGGAGCUCUGCCCAGCUUUAUAAUUUUACAUUUCGAAGGGGAAAGUGUGCCAGAAAAAAUGCUUUGUCGGAUGGUGUUGGUUCAUAGGAAGAAGAAGAUUGGAACGGUGCCGGUUUAUCUGAAUGUCUACGAUCUCACUCCCAUCAAUGGUUACGCUUAUUGGCUCGGCCUUGGGGUCUAUCAUUCUGGUGUUCAGGUCCACGGUGUUGAAUAUGCUUUUGGUGCCCAUGACCACUCAACAACUGGAAUUUUUGAGGUUGAACCAAAGCAGUGUCCUGGUUUCACAUUCAGAAAAUCGAUUCUGAUUGGAAGAACAGAUCUGGGCACCAAAGAGGUCCGUGCAUUCAUGGAGAAAUUAGCAGAGGAAUAUUCUGGGAACACUUACCAUCUUAUCACGAAGAAUUGCAAUCACUUCUGCAACGAUGUGUGUCACAGGUUGACAGGGAAGCCUAUCCCUCGUUGGGUCAAUCGGCUCGCUCGACUUGGAUUCUUCUGCAACUGUGUUCUUCCGGCUGGUUUGAAUGAAACUAAGGUUCGGCAAGUAAGAUCAAGUGGAGGAGUUUAUGAGGGAGAUAAGAAGAAAUUGAGAAGCCAUUCUAGUAGGUAUCCAUCGACUAACCCUCCAACUCAUUCAUUGUCAACAUGUCCUUCUGGUUCAACAGUCAAACGUAGUAGACAAAAACGUUGUGUACCACCAUCAUCUUCUUUGAUUCAUUCUUCUUCAACUUCCGCUUUGUCUUUAAAGCUCUAGUAGCUAAUUGGGUUUUGGAAAACUUUUUCUAGGAUUUAAAAUUUAAUAUAAAAACAAAAAAUGGAAAAAAAAGAAAAAAGAAAAUAUUAUUUCUGCUCCUCCACCUGCUCUUCCAUCUCACCCACCGCUUCGUUUUCUGUUCUUGCUGCUGAUCUGUUUUUCUAAUGGUUUUAGAAACGGCUGCUUGAAAUUGUCGCAAUGUUUCGUUCUCUGUAAAAUGCAUAUAUAUAUAUUUGUUUUCCUGGCGUA